GUUGUCGUCGCCUUGUUUUUCUCAGAGGAUUAAAACUGGAAACUUUUUUUAUUGACCUGUGCACUUGUGACAUUUAAUGAUGAACUUGCUGUUCUUAUUCCUCCUAGUUGUAAAAACAUACAGCGUGACGCCUGUGAUUCAUUCACUCAAGUAUUUCAUCACUGCAUCCUCCCAAGUUCCAAACUUCCCAGAGUAUGUGGAGGUUGGUUAUGUUGAUGAAGUUGAGAUUAGUUACUAUGACAACAACAUCAAUGAAACAGAAUCCAAACAGGACUGGAUGAACAAAAUCACAGCAGAGGAUCCAAACUACUGGCAGAGACAAACAUAGUACAAUGUUGUUAGAGAACAUGUCUACACAGACAACUUUGAAACACUUAAGAAGCGUUUCAACCAAACUGGAGGUGUUCACACUUUCCAGGAGAUGUCAGGAUGUGAAUGGAAUGAUGAGACUGAUGAGGUCAAAGGUUGGAGGCAGUUCAGUUAUGAUGGAGAAGAUUUCCUAUCGUUGGACAUGAAGACAUGGACAUGGACUGCAGCAAAACAACAAGCUUUCCCCACCAAACUCAAGUUGGACCAAGAAAUACUUAGACUAGACUACUACAAAUAUUAUUACACUGAGGAAUGUCUUUCUUACUUGAAGAAGUAUGUGGAGUAUGGGAAGAAGGUCCUAAUGAGAACAGUCUUUACUUUCAUUCUCUCCUUUUUUUCCAUCUUUACCUUCAUUCUCUCCUUUUCGUUCCACCUUUAUCUCCAUUUUCUCCUUUUCUCUCCAUUUUUACCUCCAUUUUAUCCUUCUGUUUCCUUCUUUUCCUUCAUUCUCUCCUUUUCUAUCUAUCUUUACCUUCUUCCUCUCCUUUUCUAUCCAUCUUCUUCCCUUUCUCCCCAUUUUUACCUUUAUUCUCUCAUUUUCUCUCCAUCUUAACUCCAUUCUCUCCAUCUUUAACUUAAUUCUCACCUUUUCUCUACCUCCAUUUUCUGCAUUUAUCUCCAUCUUUACCUUCAUUGUCUCCCUUUCUAUCCAUCUUUACCUUCAUUCUCUCCUUUUCUUUCCAUCUUUAUGUCCAAUCUUUCCAUCUUUGCCUUCAUUCUCACGUUCCUCCUUUUCUCUCCUUUACCUCUAUUUUCUUCUUCUCUCUCCUUCUUUACCUUCAUUUGCCCCAUCUUUACCUUCAUUCUCCCCUUUUCUCUCAUCUUUAUUUUCUUUCUCUCCAUUUUACUUUCUUUCUCUCUUGUUCUCUCCUUCUUUACCUCCAUUAUCACCUUUUCUCUCCAUCUUUACCUCCUUUCUCUCUAUCUUUACUUCCAUUGUCUCCUUUUCUCUCCAUCCGUCACUGCCACGCUGGCGGUCCUCGCUGUGGUGGUCCUCCUGGCGGCCGCCAUCAUCAUCUUCAUCAUCAAGCGUCGCCCAAGCAGACAAGCCCAAUACGAUCCAGCUGCUGGUGACGGUGGUAACGAGCUCUCAGAGAGACGUGAAGGCUGAAGGCUAAGUGAGACACAGCAGUGGGCACACAGAUGCUUUGUGCACUGGAACACAGAGAGAUGUCUCCAUCGCUGAGGGACCUCAUCACACUUGGACAUUUAUGCACUAAUUGCUCCUCAUCUCAUCCAUCAUGUCUUCUUUGGCUCUUUAUGGCUGAGAAAAUCUGCAUUUUUCAACAAUAUUUUGCCAGUCAAUCAUGUUGAUGUUGAUCUUUGUGUCCAUGUAGUUGUGAUGUCAUCAUUUGGGGCUCAGGUGUCAUCACAUUGACAAGGAUUUCUUCUUUCCUUUUCAAACCAAUAGACAGCUGCUUAUCAGUGAAUAUCACCUUGUGUCACAUGUCAUCAUUAUUUGUACUAAUAUUUUGGAACAAUAGUACCAUUUUUAAGUACUUUUGUAUGUUAAUGUUAAUUGUUUUUUAUGUAAAAUUUAAGAAUGAUGAUUAUGACAACUGCUGUCCAGUUGUUAUAUCUUGUUUUCUGAUGAAAUUAGUCUCAUUUGCAAUGCAGUUGCACUUCCAAGACCAUUAGAUGGCAGCACUGUAUAACUAUUUAUGGUAUGUUGUCAAUCUAGAAAGUAGCUUUUUUCCAGGAAGACGAUUUUGUUAGGUUGUGCCCUACAAAGUGUCAAUACUGUAAGUAUUGUCCUCAUCACAAAACUGUAAAAUUCCAACUAUAAUCUUAAUUGUAGUUUCCUUUACCAAAUUCCAAGGUGUUGAAAUCGCCAUGUAAAAACACUCAUGCUAAUAGUAGCCUGUCUAUGGCAAAUCCUAUGUAAAUUAGCAAUAAGCUAGCACAUUUUGAAAGAGUGUAGCAUUACUUUACGUUUGAGCGUUUUUUUAUAAAGCACACUUUGAUGGUGUUGAAAAUGGCAACAUGACUUAGAGGGAGUUUGGCUGAAUCCGGCCUCAGUGCUGCUUGAGUGAUUGUUUACGUGAGCCCGUGUUUAGUCUGAAAGCAGACAUGACCAGUCUGAAACCGGACAUGACGUCACAUGCAACAAAGGUAUCCAACUAUGGCACCGUUUGAUUUUACGUGAAUUGAUAGAAACGAGGGAAUUUGGUCAUUACCUACAAAAGUAGUGAAUUGGGUAGCCAACCUACCAGUUAGUGUGACGGAGGGGGACAGUGACACAACAUUUAUGACAAAGCGUUGCAAAAUGUUUAUAUUUUUUGAAACAAUUUGCUGUUUUUUCCUAUCCUUUUUGCAGUCAUAUUUUUGCUUGAUUGCCAAACAUGGCGAGGAUGUCAUUUGGGAAGUAAACAAGGUAGGCCGUUCAUAUACUCUUGAUAUUCAGUGUUUUAUGUGUACUAUGUUUCAUGUACAUUCUGGCUGUUUUAUUCAGUAAAAACUUG